AUGAAGUCGGUUUUCUUCGAGCAUGCUUAUAGGAUGGUGGCGGCGAUGAUUCUCGGGAGGGCGGGGGCGGCGGAGGGGGCAGAGGCGGAGGGGUUUAGCGAGAUUGUGGCGGAGGUUUGGGGGUGUGGAGGGGAAGAUGAGAUUGGUGCAAGAGAAGAGAGAGGAGGAGGAGUGUCGCUCCUGACGCCGCACAUCUCGUCUAAUGAGUGCCGCGUGGAAGGGUUCCGCGUCCCUCGCGGCACCAUGCUGCUGGUGAACGCGUGGGAGAUCCACAACAAUCCCGAGACGUGGAAGGAUCCGGAGAGAUUCUUGCCCAAGAGAUUUGAAGGCGGGAAAACUGGAUUUGGAUUUGAAUUUGAAUUCAAAUUUUUGCCAUUUGGCUGGGGCAGGAGGGCCUGCCCCGGUCAAAGACUGGCUAUGGAAAUGGUUGGGGUGGCGUUGGGGUGUUUGAUACAAUGUUUUGAAUGGGAAAAGAUUGGUGAGAUUGAUAUGAAAGAAGGGAAAGGGGUUGUCACGUCAAGAGUUCAGCCCUUGAGAGCUAAGUUGGUCCCGCGUCCAUUUCUUGCCAACUUACUUUAUUGA